AUGCAGAGCCCCAGCAGAGGAGGAGGAGGAGGGCCGGGGAGGCGAGCCUGUGCAGACCUCUGCCCCAACAGGGUCCAGGCUCUGGCCCAGAGGCUCAGCCACAAGAAGCCCCCGGGCAAGGCGGCAGGGAAGCAGGUCCCAAGGAAGAUCCAAACCAGAAGCAACCCAAUAGCCAUUUAUAAUGACCCCCCUCCGGACUCUGUAGACAUAGCAUUUGCUACCAUCGACUGGCAAGAUUUAGCUGACUGCACCUCAGUCCUUCAGCAGGAGGCUGCUAGAGUCUCUACAGCUCCACAGAGCAUCUGCUUGCAGCCUGAGCCUGACUUUGACUUCCAGGAGUUUCGCGAUGCUGUGGAUAGCUUCAUCUCUGAUUCAUCCUCUCUGAUGCCUCCUCUGAUAGAUUCUGCUGACUUUUCUUUUUCUGUGGAUGAUGAAAGACCAUUCAGCCCUUGCCUUGAUCAGUCUUCUCAGGUUGAUCCUGUCUCACAGACGAAUAGAGAAAACUUUUCUUCUACUGAGCAAUACUGGAAAGAUUUGGCAGAUCAUAACCAGAAAGCACUGGGGGAUGCACUUGUGGAAAAUAAUCAGCUUCAAGUGACGUUGACCCAAAAGCAAGAAGAGAUUGCUUCCUUGAAAGAAAGGAACAUUCAUUUGAAGGAACUGGCCAGCCAAGCAAAACAGCUUGCCUCUGUGCUGGAUAAGCUGAUGAUUCCGCAUUGCAAAGAAAGCCUAGAUAUUUCCCUCAUCAAUGGCCCCAACAAGAGAAGCCUCAAGCAUGUUUCCCUUGCUGAGCAAGAAGAUGACAUGGAAGUGAAUGAAAUUUUGCGAGAAAUAUCGGACAAAUGCAAUGCAGCCUUGCAGUCCAUUGAUGACAGAGGCCCGAAGCGCCCUCGUGGGGAGAAUGAAGCAAUCCAUAUGUAUGGAGCUUUCCAGGGACUGCAGACAUGCAGCAGCCAUAGCUCCCUGGACAUGAGUGGCAGCGAACUGGAGGAUAGUGUCUCCUUCAGCACAUCCAUCAAAGAGCAUUGUAAUAUCCGGACACUGGCCUUCCCUCAAGGCAAUGCGUUUACUGUCAGGACAACUAAUGGGGGUUAUAAAUUUAGAUGGGUACCUAGCUGA